AUGGCUCCAAGUCUUGAAGAUGGAAACUCAUUGUUCGACUUUGUUGUUCAGGAUGGCAAUGGCGUCAAAGGCCUGGCGGACAAAGGCCUUUCGAAGGUGCCAACGCGAUACAUCCAACCACCACACGAGCGAAUUGACAAGUCGAAUGCCUCCCCAUUUGAGCAACCACCCAUUGAUUUAUCGGAGCUUGAUGGACCAAACCAUGACAGAGUGGUGGAGGCCAUAGCUCUAGCCGCUGAGACGGUUGGAUUCUUCCAAGUGGUGAACCAUGGCGUGCCUGUGGAGUUGUUGGAGUCACUUAAGGAUGCAGCACACCGGUUCUUUGGUCAGCCACCGGAGAAGAAGGCUGUGUAUCGCAAAGGAGUGAGCCCCAGCCCCUUUGUGAAGUAUGGGACGAGCUUUGUGCCCGAGAAAGAGACGGCUUUGGAGUGGAAGGACUACGUUAGCAUGGUGUACAACACUGAUGCUGAUGCUCUUCAACACUGGCCUAAUGAGUGCAAGGAAGUGGCACUGGAGUACCUAAAGACAUCUUCCAGGAUAGUGAGAAGGUUAUUGGAGGCAUUAAUGGAACAUCUUAAGGUGACACUAGACUAUUCAAGAAUCGAUGCACUCACCGGUUAUAAGACGGUGAACAUGAACUUUUACCCUGCAUGCCCUAAUCCGGAGCUCACAGUCGGUGUGGGGAGACACUCGGACUUGGGCACCAUAACCGUUUUACUUCAAGAUGGGAUAGGUGGUUUGUAUGUGAAUGUGGAAGACGACAUAGAUGGAGCAAAAAAGGGAGAGUGGAUAGAAAUUCCACCUGUACCAGGUGCUUUGGUCAUCAAUAUUGGUGAUACAUUACAGAUAUUGAGCAAUGGGAGGUAUAAAAGUGCUGAACAUAGGGUGCGUACCACAAGCGCAGAAUCAAGAGUGUCAAUCCCAUUGUUCACAAUCCCGCGACCAACGGAGAAGGUUGGACCGCUGCCUGAGGUGGUGGAGCGUGACGGUGUGGCACGUUACCGGGAGGUUGUGUUCGAGGAUUAUAUAAACAAUUUCUUUGGGAACCCUCAUGAAGGAAAGAAAUCCCUUGAUUUUGCUAGGAUCAAUUCUCCUUGA